CUGUCCGCAGUCUCUGGUCAUCCCUGUGCUUUCCGCAGUCUCUGGUCAUCUCCUGUACUGUCCGCAGUCUCUGGUCAUCUCCUGUACUUUCCGCAGUCUCUGGUCAUCUCCUGUACUGUGUCCGCAGUCUCUGGUCAUUCCCUGUACUGUCCGCAGUCUCUGUCUCUGGUCAUCCCUGUACUGUGUCCGCAGUCUCUGGUCAUCCCUGUACUGUGUCCGCAGUCUCUGGUCAUCCCUGUACUGUCCGCAGUCUCUGGUCAUCUCCUGUACUGUCCGCAGUCUCUGGUCAUCUCCUGUACUGUGUCCGCAGUCUCUGGUCAUCUCCUGUACUGUGUCCGCAGUCUCUGGUCAUCUCCUGUACUGUGUCCGCAGUCUCUGGUCAUCCCCUGUACUGUGUCCGCAGUCUCUGGUCAUCCCUGUACUGUCCGCAGUCUCUGGUCAUCUCCUGUACUGUCCGCAGUCUCUGGUCAUCCCUGUACUGUCCGCAGUCUCUGGUCAUCUCCUGUACUGUCCGCAGUCUCUGGUCAUCUCCUGUACUGUUCGCAGUCUCUGGUCAUCUCCUGUACUGUGUCCGCAGUCUCUGGUCAUCUCCUG